AUGGAUAAGGCGUUGAUGGCAAUGUCACUUGAAGAAGAAGAAGAUACUCCGUUCGAUAUGCUAGAUCUCCCCGAAUUCUCUUCCUCCCAAAGGAAUGUGCUGAGUCUGGUAGGGAGAUUACUAAACCCAGAAUGCCAAGAUAUGCAAGCUUUGGUUAGAAAUAUGCCAAGGAAGUGGCAAAAAUGGGGUAAAGUCACGGGAGUGGCACUUACAAAAGAAAAAUUUCAGUUCAUUUUCAACUCUGAGCACGAUCUUCAAGAUGUGCUGGAUAAAGGAGCUCACACCUUCAAUGAGUGGUCUAUUGCUGUGGAUAGAUGGUACGAGCAUCCACCAGACAAUUAUCUUCAGUUCAUUCCUCUCUGGGUUCAGAUCUGGAAUUUACCAAUCAACCAUUUCACUAUUGCUGCUAUAACUUCGUUGGGAGAGCUCAUUGGACAAGUUUUAGAAGUGGCUUACGACCCUGAUAGACCACAACUACAGGAAUACGUCCGAGUCAAAGUUAUGUUUGAUGUUUCCAGACCAUUAAGAAGAUCUAAAGUGAUAAACAUCAAAGGAGGUUCAACAACAGUGAGAUUUCAGUACGAGAGGGUACAAAAACGUUGCUAUGAAUGUCAGAGGCUCACCCAUGAAAGAGAUGUUUGCCCCAUCCUUGUUAAACGAAGACAAGAUGAGGCAAUAGCAAGAAGAUUAGGGAAACCAAUAGAAAGAGCAAAGAAAACCUUGGUGCUGAAAGAAUCUAAUCCCUUAUUUGGAGUUCUGCGUAAGGAACAGGUUGGUAUAGAUUCUCUUACGGGUAGACCAAGAAUAGCCCCUGAAGUACUGGAAGGCAUGAGACAGUACUUGAUGGCAGCCAAUGGGGAAGAUCAGAAAGUCAAGGAAGAAAGAGUGAAGAAAACUGUUGGAGAAGUAGAAAAAAAUCCUAUAACACAAAAAACAAUCUUGCGUCUUGAAGCUCUUCCCAUGGUUCAUCCUGAGAUCAACAAAGAGAAAGGACUUGUGUUCAAUUAUGAUAGUGAACAAUCUUCUAAACCAGAUGGGGUAUCAACUGGUCUAAAACUUGCAUAA